AAUCGGUGCUUCCCCAAAACUGAACGUGGCUCAUUCCCACUUUCACCAAAUGCGAGUUAGCACUGCGCUGCUGAGCAUUGCCGCGCUGCUUCUGCUUGCCGUCGCGCUCGGCGACGAGUUGCAGGGCGUUCGCGGCGCUCUUGCUGCCCCGCCCGGACCCGACUAUUACGCCGUGCUCGGGAUCAAGCGCGACGCAGACGACCGCGAAAUCCGCCGCGCGUACCGCGACCUCGCCAAGAAGCUGCAUCCGGAUCGCAACCCGGGCGACGCCGAGGCCGAGCGCAAGUUCAAGGAGGUUGCUGAAGCAUACGAGGUCUUGUCGGACGCAGAGAAGCGCCGCAUCUACGACCAGCACGGCGUUGAAGGCCUCAAGGGCAACCAGGGCCAGCACCACAACCCGUUUGACAUUUUCCAAAACUUCUUUGGCGGUGGUCAGCAGCAACAGCAACGCAAGGGUCCUGACGUGAACAUGGAUCUCGAGGUCACCCUGGAGGAUUUGUACAUUGGCCGCCGCAUUGCGCUUGAAAUCAGCCGUCAAACACUCUGCCACAAGUGCCGCGGCUCUGGCGCCAAGAACGCAGACGAUGUGACCGUGUGUCGCGAGUGCCAAGGUCGCGGUGUCAAGAUGACACAGCACCAAGUUGCUCCAGGCUUUGUUCAACAAAUGCAGACGACCUGCCCGAAGUGCAACGGUAAGGGUAAGAUUGUCACUUCCACUUGCCCGACUUGCAAGGGACACAAGGUUGUUCGCGGCGAUGACUUGCUCUCGGUUGACGUUGAGCGUGGCAUGCCCGACGGCCAUCGCAUCACUUUCCCGCGCGAAGGUGAUCAACACCCCGACAUCACUCCUGGUGAUAUCAUCAUCACGUUGCGCACCGUGCCGAACAAGCGCUUCCGCCGCCACGGCAACAACCUGUACAUGAAAGAGACAAUCACUUUGCUCGAGGCAUUGACGGGCUUUGAACGCAGCAUCAAGCACCUGGAUGGCCGAACUAUCACGAUUCAGCGAACUGCAGUGACUCAGCCCGGAUUUGUUCAUGAAAUCCCUCAAGAGGGUAUGCCAAAGCACGACGAUCCCUCUGAUCGGGGUAAACUAUUUGUUGAGAUUGCCGUGGUGCUUCCCUCGUCCAUUACAUCCACCCAAGCAGAAGCCUUCAAGGAGCAGUUGUCUGGUCAUGUGCGAGAUGAAUUGUAGUUUAGCAAUUACACAGGUUUUGAUAUUUUCAAUGCUGAAUGCUAACGAAUGUACAAUUAAGGAUGAAGUGUCAA